AGCGUGUUAAAUGGCGUCGAAAGCUGAAAAAUGUACAGAGACUUACCGUGAUCAACUCGAUAAAAUUUCUAAGCAAAGAUAUGACGAUAAGAUAGCCUUGAUUGAUAAGAAAGAUCCCUCUACCAUCGAGAAGCAGAACUGGUCGAAAGACAUUGAAAAAUGGGCCAGUGUUACGUACCCAGAUAUUGUGAACUUUUUGUUAUUUAGUACGAGUGCAUAUACCUUGGACCAGCUAAAGUCGUACAAGGGGUUGGAAUCAUACAACCAAUUUGUAAGUGGAUGGGUUCGGGAUGUCUCCGUCUGUGAGAUCAACGGCCUGUGCCUACACACAUGCAAGGUUAUGCAUUCACAACGAUUGAGUGAGACCCCACUGAGUCCAUGGGCCAUAAUUCAGGAAGAGGGAAAAGUUUUAGCUGCUCAUUGUAAUUGUAUGGCAGGGUUGGGAGAAGCCUGUACACAUAUUGCAGCUAUGUUGUUUUCUAUUGAGGCAACAGUGAAAGUGAGGGAAUCAAGAACUGUUACUGACACUAAAGCCUACUGGCUGCCAGCAUCAUUGAAAGGUGUACAGUAUGCCAAAAUUGAAAACAUUGACUUCACAUCUGCAAAAUCAAAGAAGAAGUUAGUGGACAGUCAAUUCAGUGACACACCUACGGCAAGACGGGGUGGUAUGCAACAUAGAUUGGUGGAGCCACCCACUGAAAAUGAGUUGAAUGAUUUCUUACAGAAGUUAAGUUUGACCGGAGCACAGUCAGCCAUUCUGAGUAUUCGUGACCCUUUCCAACAACCAUUCAUUCCACAAGCUGUAAAAGAAAAAUUUCCACAAUUGCUAAGUGAUCUCGUGGAGGAUGAUUUGCUUCGUGCAAAUUACAGUGACAUUAUGAAACAUUGUGCAAAUGUGAAAGUAACGGUGUCAAAAGAAGAAGCUGAGAAUGUUGAAGAGGCAACUAGACAGCAAGCUGAAAAUAAACUGUGGAAUCGAUUCAGAUGCGGACGUAUCACAGCUUCUAGGAUGCAUGCAGUGUGUCACAGUAGUCCAGCAGCACCCUCUGAGAGUCUAGUGAGAGCUAUUUGCUACCCAGAGACAACAAAGUUCCAAUCAAAAGCUACUGCAUGGGGAUGUGAUCACGAGAAGGAUGCACGUGAAGCCUAUUGUGAGGGCAUGAGAAGGUUCCAUUCCAAUUUCACAGUGGAAACAACAGGACUUUUCCUCCACCCCGAGUAUCCUUUAUUUGGUGCUUCACCUGAUGGUCUUGUGUCCUGUGACUGUUGUGGGCAAGGAGUCUUGGAGAUAAAAUGUCCCUUUUGUGUGCGAUUCUCCUCUCUUGACGCUUGGAAGGAAAAGAAUUCUUGCCUCGAAGAAACUGCAACUGGGCGUCGAUUAAAGCAAAACCAUCCAUAUUAUUACCAAGUGCAGGCACAAAUCCACUUGUGUGACAAAGAUUAUGCCGAUUUUGUUGUGUGGACAGAGAAGGAGAUUUAUAUGGAGAGACUACAGGCAAACAGUGAAUUGUGGGAUGAGAUGAAAAUGAAAGCGGCAAACUUUCACCAAAUGGCAGUGAUGCCCGAGCUAGUUGGUAGGUUCUAUACGCGCCAGAAUAUGCCUGUUCCUUUGGCAGUGCGACAGGACAACAACACGGAUCACGCAACUACCAGUAAUGAUGUUUUCUGCAUUUGCAGGGGAGGCGAAACUGAUACUAUGGUGGCCUGUGAUAACCAAAACUGUUCUUAUCAAUGGUUCCAUUUAGCUUGCCUAAAACUAACCAAGUCAAAAUUGCCAAAAGGUAAAUGGUACUGUCCAGAUUGUAGUCGCCUUCCAGAGUUCCGCAGCAAGAGAAAGUGUGUCAGGAAGUGAUGUGUCAUUUAGAAAAAAUAAUUCUGUGCCUGAACAAAAACUGUGAAUUUCAAUCAGUAGUCAAUUAAUAAUUAUCAUGUAUGAUAUUAAUUUAUUGUAUUUAUGAAAUUCUUUACCUUGUGACAUUCAAAUAAUUGAUGAUU